ACAGAACAGAGUGCUUAGUAAUGAUGUUGUUUUGAGUUACGAGUAAACAUUGUUAUGAGAAGUUGAAUGUUGAAAGGAAGUAUCUAAACCUGAUACUCGGAACAUCAAGCAUUGGAAAUGGAGACAACAUCACAACUACAGAAAAGUUCCGUAUGUGGCGUGACUACCAUCAAGCAAGAGCCAGUGGAAACUGAUGCAGUCGACACUCCUGAAUUUGAAUUUGUAUUCAUUGAGGAAGAAAUUCUGGAAUGUUCACCUUCAGAAGAUCUUCAGGGAACUAAUACAUUGGAUGCUGAGGGAAAGAAGGAUGAAGAAGAUGAGGAGGCAGCAGUGAGCAAAUAUGACGCAAUGAUUCCAAAGGAUACUGAAGAAUGGCAGAAGGUAGCAAGAAAUUUCGAAGUGAAGUGGAAUUUCCCUCACUGCAUAGGAGCCAUAUAUGGCAAACAUGUGCAAAUUAUGUGUCCUCCGAAUACUGGAAGUGAAUACAUCAACUACAAAAAAACAUUCAGCAUUGUCCUUAUGGCAAUUGUAGACGCAAAUUACUGCUUUCAAUAUGUAAAUGUUGGAUGUCACAGGGACAGAAAGAGAGGGGAGGAGGAGAUUGACUUAGAGGGGGAGAGAAAUUUACCUUAGCGAAGGGGAGAGUGACGGAGGGGGUAGGAGAUAGAGAAGAUAAGCAGAUGGACAGACAGAAGGGCAGGAGAAGAUGGGGAGUGGGAAAAGGAGAUGGACAUAAGGGGAGGGUAGAGACAUCCGAGCAAUGCCGAGUUUAUUUACCUCAUUUAUAAAAUUAAUAAAUUCAUAUGUUGUUAAUUAACAA